AUGGACAGUGAGGGAACAAAAAUGCAAGCUUUUGUUUUGGCUAAAAAUGCAGCUGGAUAUCAACAUCUUUUGGAAGAAAAGCGUUGUUUGACUAUUAGAAAUCCUUCAUUGGGUGAGAAUCGUCAGAAGGUGAAGUACGCUAACGGUGGUUUGAAGAUUAACCUUAAUAACAACACCGUUGUUGAGGAAUGCCACGAGGCUAUUGGUUCUGAAUGGGGUUUUGAUUUUACUCCCUUUGAUUCAGUUGUGGAGGAUCCAACAGUUGACAACAAGUUUUUUAAAAGUCCAAUUGAUGUAAUCGGUUUUGUGGUCAAAAGUUUUCCCUUCGAGGUAGACACAGAAACUAAUAACGGACAAAACCAGAAGAAAGUCACCUUUAUGCUUGAAGACCUGAACAAUAAGCAGAUUUUCGUGACGCUUUGGGACGGUUAUGCGGAUCAAAUAAUGGAGUAUGAGAGCAACAAUCGAGGUGAAAAAAAUGUCGUCGUAAUAAUUCAGUUUGGGAAGUACAGAUUCUGGGGAGGUCAUUUGUCUGUUUCAAAUUUGUAUACUGUCACCCGAGUCUUAAUUAACAGUGAUAUUGAUGAGGUUGCUGACUUUAAACAAAGAUUUAUCGAGAAACUUUCUCCCGAAAUGUCUUCCAGUUAUUCUAGCCUAAGUUCUUCUACUAGGUUUGUUGUCAUUGUUGGCACUAUCAAGAGUUUUGCAUCCAACAAUGAGUGGUUUUACAACGCGUGCACAAACUGCAACAAAAAGGUUUCAACCGUUACUGUUGUUAAAGAAAAGCAGGAUGGUACUGAUGGUUCUGAAGAGGUUACUGUCUUAGAAUGCAAGACUGAUAUUUGUAAUACAAGGACCGUUACAUCAAUUCCACGAAUUAGGCUUUAUAUACGUGUCCAAGACUGCACUGGUAUUGUGAGUCUGACAUUGUUUGAGCGUGAGGUGACAAAGCUUUUGAAGGUUAAUGCUAAUCAGCUUUUAGACAACAACAUUGAAUUAGCAAACGAAGGAAGCUUUCCAAAUGAGCUAAAUUCAUUACUCAAUAUGAAGUUUGCAUUCAAGAUUGCUGUUUCUUCUUUUAACAUCAGCAAGAAGUCUGAUGGAUAUUCAGUCUCCAAGAUGACUGAUAACCCGGUUGUUUUGUCCGAGCUGGAUAAACAUUUUGACACUAUUCAGCCUAUUGAUGAGGAAGCCGUCAAUGUCGAACCAUCCGAUUCAAAUCGUAAUGAUUAUUUGCCUGUUAAGGAUUCUAUAUCCCAAACGGGAGACGAUGUAACCCCUUGCUCAAAUGUGUUUAAAGUUGGCUUUACAACAUCGUUGGAUCGGAUGGAUGCUGAGUUUGAUACGAGCAGCGAGCGUGACUUGAAGCGCAAUUUGGAAACCGUGUAUGACGUGGAUGAUGUAUCUUCUCAGUCUUCUUCGAAGUCGCGUAAAGAUGGUGGUGUGGAUGCAGUUCUUCUAAUUCCAAAGAAAGAAAAGUAGUCACCUAUAUUUCGAACAUUGUUGGAUGAAAUCGUCUGUUUUUUUCUUAAGUAUUUGGAUAUUUAUGUUUGUUUUGACAAUGGUUAUAACUGUGUGGUUGAUUUUUAUGAACAUGGUUGUUUUAUUUCGAACA